AGUGUAAUCAUUUGCUUGUUCAAAGAGUGUCUAGUAUUUAUUUUCUAUAACAAAUGAAGUUCAUUAUUUUAUUUAUUGUCUUCCUGGUUAAAUUUUGUGAAUCGAAUGAUUUAAAAUGUGGUCGCUCUGAUAACUUAGUUGAAUCGGUUGAAUUUUACUGUGAAAGCUACGAAGAAGUGCUGCCUGAGAAUUGUACGACAACAUUUUUGCAAUGGAUUGGCACAUGUGACAAAUCCAAAGUGACACAAUUGAAAAUUGGCGGAUGUGAUCCCGAUAAAGUAGUACAACUCGUCAGCGAUUUCAUGAAUAUUCGUUCAUUGGACAUUUCACAUUCUGGAUACGAAUCUCUGGACGCAUUUGAUUUGAAACAUCAACAAUUGGUUAAAGUGAAUGCAUCUCAUAAUCGAUUGACAAAAAUACCGAUCAAAUUUUUCUCUAAUAUUUUGAAUGUUGUCGAAGUGGAUUUCUCAUUUAAUGAACUUUCGAAGCACACAGAUAUCGAACUACCCCAUCACUUAAUAGUGGUUCGUUUGUCACACAACCAUAUUUCAUCGGCAGAAUUUUGUUCGCAAUUGAGCGAACUGGAAUAUUUAGAUUUAAGGAACAAUCAAAUCACGUCAUUGAAUGAAAGUACAAUUACAACGACCACCUUGAAAACCCUUCAAUUGCAAAAUAAUCAAAUUCAACAUUUUGAGUGUGCUUUUUUCAUUUUCAUCGAAGAAGGUGCUUCGGUUUAUAUUGACUGGGAAAAUGUGGAGCAUUUCACGUCCGAAUGCAUGCGACUGCCGUUCGAUGUUGUUCUGGGCAGUAAAGAUGAGGGUUUCUUACACACAACUGACGGCAAAAUUGAAAUGCAUUGCAAUACAUCCACCUUCGAAAGUAUACGAUCGUUCGGCAUAAAUAACGAUCACUUUGAAAAUGUGGCAAAAUCGAUGCAAUGUCUCACACCGACACUUAGAAAAUUGGUACUAUCUGAUACGGUUGUUGAGAAGCUUGACUCCAAAUUUUUUCAACGCUUUUACAACUUGGAAUACUUGCAUCUGAGACAUGCACAACUAGAGGAAUUCGAUUUCACUUGGCUGAAACAUCAGAAAAAUUUAAGAGCACUCGUUCUUUCGUACAAUAAUCUUACGAAAGUCUAUAAUGUUCCGUUUUUGAAGUCUUUUGAAGAAUUAACCAGCAUUCGAUUGGAAAAAAAUCUACUUGAAAAUGCACAAGAAGUUAUUCAACAUUUAAAGCCAUCAAUAAAGUAUUUAUACUUAACCGGAAACCAUGUUGGAAGUGUGAACGAUACAACAUUUGAAAAGUUAAAAAAUUUGGAAGUUCUCGGUUUGGACGAUACAGAGCUGUCAUUUGUUGACGCGAGCCCAUUUGAAACGCUUAAGGCACUCAAAUAUCUUCACAUUGGCUUCAACAAUAUAGAGACACUAGAUUUGAACACAUUACCUGGUGAACUUUUAUAUAAUCUGCAUUUAAGAGGUAAUAAUUUGACAAAAUUAGAUAAUCUCACUCCUUCGAGAUUUCCAAGGCUGAAAAUGAUGGCCAUUUCGGAAAAUCUAUUUUCGUGCGAAUACCUGAAAACUUUCGUGCCAAAAGUAAAAAGAGAUUUUCCCGGUUUAUCCAUGGGAGAUCCAUGGACGCAAAAACAUGGCCAAAACUGCAAUCCGGAAGAUAAUUAAAUAAUAUAAAAUAUACUUUAUUUGUAUGAAAUGAAUUAAAACUGCGUAAAUUUAAAACAAUAAAUAAAAUGUAAUUAAAAGAACGAGAA